CACGUGGUCCCACCAUGUCACGCCGCACGCAACUCAGCAACUGCAAGUUGGCUCCCCCCAACCCCGAAAGGCAUCGUCCAGUCCGGUCCAGCCCAGCCCUCGCAGGCUGCACCGUUUCCCUCCUUCUCCGAGUCCCAUCACCGCUCCAAAACUCCACCUCUAGAUGGAACGGUUCAGGACAGAGAGACGGGUUCAUAUUCAAGAUUCCAGAUCUGAUCCCCCCAAAGACGGUGAUAUCGAGGAUGAAGACUCCUCCCGAGUGCGAUACGAUGACGAAUUUGAACAAGAGGGAAAUUUGCGCCUGAAUUUCUCCAACGGAAGUGUUUCCGAAGAUCAGGAGCCGUUCAUGGGCAUCAAGGUCCGACGAAAGGCAUCUCUUCACAGAGAUUUUAAGGGGGACUACAUCGAUGUCCCUUCACAGCCUUUUUUGAUGAAAAUUUUGCAGAAACAAGGGGACAAGCAAGUUCUGUUUGCAGAUAAAGUUUUGAAGUUCACUGGCUCAGGGAAAAUGAAGAAACGUAUUCUCUUAAUUACUGGUUUUGCCAUUUAUAUUGUUGACCCAGAAACUGGUGCCCUUAAAAGGAGGAUAGCCCUUGCAGCUGUUGAGAGAAUGUGUCUGAGCGAACUACGUGAUAACUUUUUUGCAGUAGUAAUUCCAACAGAGUAUGAUCUAUUCAUGGCCAGUACUCGAAAGACUGAAAUUGUCACGGUGCUAGUGGAAGCUACCAAGAGUGCUUCAGAUUAUCAACUUGAUGUGGUUUUCUCCAACAGGUUUGAGUAUAAUGCUGCGGCAGACACUGUAAAGGAAAUCCAGUUUGAGGAAGUUGAAGGGGGUGUGAAAACAAGAAUUUUGAGGAAGUGAGUUGCAGUGCCUUUUUUUGUGACGUCUGUAAACUUAGUAGGAGAUACGUACAGUUAAUGAUUGUGGGGCAAUUGUGUGACCAGGGUUCUCACAGGCAUAGUUUGGCGUCUCUUUUUGAUUGUCUGAGGUUUACCUGUAAUUCUGAUACCUCAAAUUUCAAAAUGAAAGAAAUAUAUAUACGUGAUGUAAAAUUUUUACAUGAAGCCAGAUUGGCGGAUUUAUCUGGAUGAAUGAAAAUGGGCCCCCGGAUCCCGUGAAUUUUACCUGUUUCAA